GUCAGAGAGGACCGGGGGGUAGGUGGCACCCUUGGGGGAACGCCGGAGUGGAGGAGAUCGGGCGACGAGUCCUCGUGGGAGAAGCUAAUGUCCAACGUCGGGGUCUCAGUCAGGCCUCGCAGGCCACAGAGCUGCAUUGAGGGGUCCAGCAUCGCAGGGCUGGAUGGGUGGCUGGAGAACCUGGAAAGGAUGAAAAGCGGACCUGUUUGUCACAAAGGUCCGUCUUUCGCAGACCGUGUCGAGUCCAUCCCUACUCUGCCAAAGGAGCAAACUGGCCGGAUCCGCCGGCGCCACUCAGACCUCUCCGUUUUACCUGGCACCUGGAAUGCUGCCACCGACUCUGCAGAGCAACGACAGACAGUUCAUUUCAGGAGCCUCCCCGAGGGGCAGCCCAUCAGACCCCGUGGUCUAGUUGCAGUUAAAAGCGGCUGGCUGCCGGUCCAGAGGAGAGCGAUAUUGUGCAACCUUCCCCACCGUCCCAACACGUUCGAGGAAGACAGCGGCCAGGCUCCAUUUCGUUCUGACAUUCCCAGGAUAAUGCCUGAAAACAUCCAGACGAAAAAUGGAAUUGGAUGUACAGAUCAAAGACCUCCAGAGAUGGACAGCCGAAGGGGGGACGCUAUGAACCCGAGACUGUGGUGCUUCCCAGGCCGAGCUCCACUUAGGCUGGACCAGGAAAGGAGGGAGAGCCUCGCUUCGGCGGGGAGCCGUUUGACAGCAGGUCAAAGGGGUCAGCCGAGGGAACGUGAGAGGAUGCCGCCUGACGGCCCCGUAAGGUCGGGGCGCGGGGAGCUCAGCGGCGUACUUCGCAGAACGACGAGCGCCCCUCAAGGUCCAUCUUUCACAACGCCCCCUGCGGGGAGCAAUGCCGGCCCGCCCAAAGUGAGGACGGGAUUCUCCUCCAUCACGAUUGCUUCACGGAAGAUCCCUCAGGCCACCGACGUACUCCUCCCUGCCCCUGCGAACAGAAACGAGAGCCGUGAACACUCCACCCCAACCUCUGCCGCUCCAGUCGAUACCCCGGUACUCGGGCCAGCGGUGGUGUACAGGAGGAAAGCGACAGCCAUCAAGGUGACGGGCCGCAGACAGAGCUACGCCGCAGGCGAAACCUUGGAUGGGCCGCACCCAACUGCACCGAGGCACAGCUUCGCCGAGGGGGACAGUAAAGAGAAUAGUCUCUUGCAGUUCACCCCAAACCUGUCCGGCUCCCUGCCACAGGGCUCCAUUCGCACCGGCAACUCGCCGAAAGCACCGGCAGAAGCCACCUGCUCCGCUGCGUGCCUAACAAAAUCGGAGGAGCCAGGUGGAGGAGGACAGAAGAUCCACAGGUCCACCUUAUCCCUUUACCUGAGCAGCCCUUCUUCUGGAGCGGUCCCUGGGAACAGGCCCAGGAGACCCCUCAGCUUCACAGGAGGGCUUGGUGAGACCGGUGAGAGCAACUUCAAGGCAGCAGAGGUGGAACCCAGGCGCAAGAGCCUGGGUCCUUCUGGGGGGACCAAUAGUAACGUGUUGGAUGGAGCAGCAGCAAGCCCGAGCACAUCAACGACGCAAGGGGACACAACAGGGCCAGCUGUGGAGAAGGCAAAGCACCGGGGGCCUCUCGACUUGUGGAGUCCCUCGAGGAACCCGCAUCCCGCCUUCAUCCGAGCCCGAGAGAACGGAUGGCGACAGAGUCCUGAUCUUACCCUGGCGCUCAACGCUGCAUCUGUCAUAGCCCAUAUAAAGCGACUAAGUCAGCUGAAGAAGACACCAGUCAUCCUUUCUGCCAAGGACUCAAAGAGAUGUAGUGACUCUGGCGGAGCGGGUAUGUAA